AAAAAAGCCCCUCGUUUUCCGCUAAGCGCUAUCCUCCACUGGUUCCCAGGGUUCUCCCGCUUGCUACCCGGCCGCUCUGUGCAUCUUUCCCCCAGGCAUCAGGAACUGCUCCCUCAUGGCGGAGGUGAAGGUGAAGGUGCAGCCGCCCGACGCGGAUCCGGUCGAAAUAGAAAACAGGAUUAUAGAAUUAUGUCACCAGUUCCCUCAUGGAAUCACAGACCAAGUAAUUCAGAAUGAAAUGCCUCAUAUAGAGGCCCAGCAGCGGGCAGUAGCCAUCAAUAGGUUGUUGUCUAUGGGUCAGUUGGAUCUCUUAAGGAGCAAUACAGGCCUUUUAUAUAGAAUAAAGGACUCUCAGAAUGCUGGCUCUGUCUCAUUCUUUUUAAGUAAAAUGAAGGGGUCAGAUAACCAAGAAAAACUAGUAUAUCAAAUCAUAGAGGAUGCAGGAAAUAAAGGAAUAUGGAGCAGAGAUAUCCGCUAUAAAAGUAAUUUGCCAUUAACAGAAAUCAACAAAAUCCUGAAGAAUUUGGAAAGUAAAAAGCUUAUCAAAGCUGUUAAGUCUGUGGCAGCCUCAAAAAAGAAGGUGUACAUGCUCUAUAACCUGCAGCCGGAUCGGUCUGUGACUGGCGGAGCCUGGUAUAGUGACCAGGAUUUUGAAUCUGAGUUUGUAGAGGUGCUGAACCAACAGUGUUUUAAAUUCCUGCAAUCCAAGGCAGAAACAGCACGAGAAAGCAAACAGAACCCAAUGAUACAAAGAAAUAGUUCAUUUGCCUCAUCACAUGAAGUGUGGAAAUAUAUCUGUGAAUUGGGAAUCAGUAAGGUAGAGUUAUCCAUGGAGGACAUUGAAACCAUCCUGAAUACACUCAUUUAUGAUGGAAAAGUGGAGAUGACGAUCAUCGCUGCAAAAGAAGGCACAGUUGGCAGUGUAGACGGACACAUGAAACUGUACAGGGCAGUCAGUCCAAUCAUCCCUCCCACGGGUUUGGUCCGGGCACCCUGUGGACUCUGCCCGGUUUUUGAUGACUGCCAUGAAGGUGGUGAGAUUUCACCAUCUAACUGUAUUUACAUGACAGAGUGGCUCGAAUUUUAAUAGAGAGCUAUGAACUUAAUGGACAUUUUGCAAAUGAAGUUACUUUGGGAGCAGAUAAUUUAAUUCAUGAUGGAACAUCAAAUCUCCGUGAAAGCAAACUUCAUAAUAAUGGAUAUAGACUUGCUGCUAUGAAAACAUAUUUUUUUAUUUAUGAAGACUAAAUUUAUAUUAGUAAAAUAGCCAGUAGAAUAUGAAAAUAAUAAGGUUAGUAGUGAAAUUCAUUCUUCAAGAAAUAAAACACUUUGAAACUCCGGAGGACCACAUCUUUCAAGACUCCUGAUGGGCCAAGGAAAAAGAUGCUAACAUACCCAUAUUUACCAAGUACUAUGAUAAGGGCUAGAGUAUAAAAAUGUUCUUUUUAAAGUUAUUUAUUAAGUUCUUCAUUGGAAGUUUUUUUCAUAUCUGGUUCACUACCGCCAUUUCUGUUUUCUGCUUUCUCAGUGGUUUCAUUGAAAAGAAAUUAGAAGUGGUUAAAGGCAGGAAUAGCAAAGGGGAGUGUAUGCAAACUUGGGGUAUGACUGGGGGAGAGUGGAACAUGCCUGUUCCACACACUAUUCCUUUUUAUAUCAGAAAUGUUCUUUUAGGAGACUAUGCUACCAUACUUACUUCAAACCCAAUGACUACUGUCAAGGCUAUAUUUUCAGUACAUAAAUAUAUCAUUUUCAUCCUAAAGAGAAUAUUUUCACUGUUCCUUCUUUCUUAAAGUCUUAUGUUUCACUCUGUAACUCAAAUGUAUUCUUUCUUAGAAUUUACCCUAGAUUCUUAUUUAAUGUCUUCAGUAGACUGAAUGUUGUGUGUGCCCCCAAAAUUCUAAUGUUGAAAUCUCAUUUCCAAUGUGGUAGUAUUUGGAGGUGAGGCCUUUGGGAAGUGAUAGGUCAGGAGAGUAAGAGCCCUCAUGAAUGGGAUUAGUGCCCUUAUAAAAAGAGACCCAGAGAGCUCCAUCACCCCUUCUGCCAUGUGAAAUGGAGAAGACGGCCAUCUACAAAUGAGGAAGUGGGUCCUCACCAGAAAACACAUCUGUAAGCACCUUGAUCUUGGACUUCCCAGCCUCCAGAAUUGUGAGAAAUAAAUUUCUAUUGUUGAUAAA